UGAAAAGUUAGGAAUAGUGUUGUGCCGGUUUAAAUUGUAAAUAGUGUACAUAUUGAUGCGGUCGCCUUGCUUCUAGUGGGAGUAAUUUCCCUUUAGCUCAGUCGGCUUUCCUGUUAUUGCGUGGACCCUGCAGUAACAAUAUCAGAUGCAAGAUUCUGGAUGCUAUGGGUUGUUUGCGCAUGUGACAUUCAUGUGAAUGGUUUACGUACUUGCUUGCUUGACCGCCUGACAGCCCAGUCGCUAUCAUCAGCAGCAUUACGUUACAGUGUGGCUGUGAUUACUAAUUGAUGUUACUGUAUAGAAACGUUAUCUUUUAAUUGGCGAGGGGACCGCUGGUUAGGCAUAUGGUUUACGCAUAUUCAUGUGACGCUUGCCUGCGUUAGUCACUAUCAUCAGCAGCCACAAACCCUGUUAUUAUCUUUUAAUAAUGGAGACUGCUGACUGUUUACCUACGAGAUACCGCGCCGGUCAAUGAUUAAUUUGAGUCUGCUCGGUUCUCCUCGGGCUUCAAUAGUGUCUAUUGUUAUCCAGCUAGAAGUCGUUAUCAAUUACGUUCGGUUGCUCUCGGGACUUAACAGCGCAUCAUAACGUUAGCGGUUUACGCAACCCACUCUCCAGCAUCCUGUCCUGACUCCUCGUGGUCGAUCGUCUCCUGAGAACGUCUGCUGACAGACAGGUGAUAUCAAGUGCAAGCUUUCACCAGCUACAACAAAGUCAGUAGACGGAAAUAUGGUGGCCUUUCAAGGAAUGGUCCUCAAGGACAAGGAUGACAAAACAACUGUGGCAAUAUGGGAAGACUUGGUAAACACCAUAGAAAAGGGGCACAUUUUGCAGUUAACCAAGUGUAAAGUUCGACUGUUUAAUGACGAGAAGCGCCUGACUACUACUCGGGGAUCACUUUGUGAGAAAUACAGCCAUGAUGGAACCCUGCAGAAUAUCUCAUCCGAAGAUGACGAUGAUGAUGAGAAUCUGAGCAGUUCUGGUGACAAAUUGCAAAACGGAUCCCUCUGUGCUGUGUACGAUGUUGAUCCUUAUCUUUCUUGCCCCUACCCAGGAUGCAACAACAAGAAACUAUCCACAGUAAAAUGUGAUGACCAAUACAAAAUGUUCUGUUGCUCAUGCAAAGUUACAUACACAGCCAGUAGCUGCAAUCAUUAUUUACGAGUAACCAUGCUGUUUGAAUCAGUCCAAGGAGCAUCAUCUUUCCCAACUGAAACGAAAGUCACAUUAUUCAAACCUGAACUGGACAAGAUUCUGAUUGCCAAUGGCAUUACAACCGAACCAAAUUAUGAAAAUAAAGUGUUGAUAGAAACAAUUGUUAACAUUUUACUAAAGGAAAUUCGCUGCACCAUUAUGAACAACACGGUCAAAAACAUUGUGUGCAAAAGGGUCAUUUCCGAAUGAAUCCCAACUAGUUUGGAGAUUCAUGCAUAAUCACAUAUUCAAAAUGCAAAUUCUUUCCUUCUGGGCAUUUGAUUUAGUGUUGAAGUUAAUUCUUCAUUAGGUGCCUUAGUUUUGUACUUGAUGCUCAGUAUUAUACAUUUAAUAUUGUUGAAGUUUUCAAUUCAGUAGUAGUCUCUUAUUCACUUUAUACACAUUUGUAGGAAUUGUAAAACAAAAUCAGCUUAAGUGUCAUAAAUUAUACUACCUUUGAUAACUCUACUAAAGAAAGACUAUAAAAUUCAUCCUUGGUCUGUGUAGAAAUCGCAAGGAGUAACUAAGCGAUGAUACAAUUUUAAUCUGAAACCAAGGAUGUGGAAAACCUAUAAUUUUCUGCAUCAAGUCUUUUACAGUCUACUGGCAGACUGAACAUUUAAUUGUAUUUUUACAAUAUAGCCCAAUGCAAUUGCUUUAUUUUUAACGUUGGAAGUAGUGAUUGGCUUAACUGGCAAAUACAUUCAUUCUAUAACAUAUAGUUUUGUUAGAAUGAUGACAUUACAUGUUCUGAAUGUCACUUACAUCAAAUCAUUUCAUACAGCACUGGUAAAACUGGGUAAGAAAACUAAAUUAGCUUUAUUAUACAUCUGUAAAAGGAUCGGCUUUUCACCUCAAACCGACACCUUUAAAAUAUUUAUACCCAGGUUCGGUGAUCUUGGGUCCGUCAGGGUCUUACUUUCUGAGCCAUAAUUUGUACGUGAAGUCUGGCAAAUAAACACAAACUCAAGAUAUAUCAAGUUCAGGUAGUUUUAUUAUACAACACUAGUAAUGUGUAAAACACACUGACAUAUAGACAAAUUAUACCACUCUGUCAUACACUCCAACACACAUACUCUGACGUGACAGUAGUGUCUAGUGAACUCUCGGCCACAUGGUCCUAGUUCUAGAAAAUACUAACGGCUACACGGCCAUACUCCUAUAUGAUAGACGACGGUAUAAAAACCUACAAACAAUUCAGAGUCGAAAUAAACUGACGACUACAUGACUGACAUGAAACCUACCCCUAAUGACUGUGACUGGUAAGCUAUUCUUUUCCCUAUACCCUAACAUAAUUAUAUCUAGCAAUACCCUACAUAAUCUACCUACAGCUAUUCCUAUCAGGGAAAGAGAGCCAAACCAGUCUUGUCAAGACUUUAAUUCUGACUACGUGAGUCGGGGAGAGCUGAGCCAGGCAGUCCUAUAAAGACUUUCCAU